AUGAGGCAUAGACAGCUUGCACCAGCGGGAGCAGUUGAAGAGCUGCAUAGCUCAGAAGAAAGGAGACAAAUAGUACACCAGUGGAAAACGAGCAAUUCCCAUUCUUGCCUCUUGGCUUUGCCAGUGGAUGCUAGUCAGACCAAUCUUACCUUUCAAGAGAGAUGGUUUCUAGACUUUUUCCGCCGUGUCACGGCACGAAGCAAUGCAACCUACUUUAAUAGAGCAUUCUGGGGAAUGCUCGUCCAUCAAGCAAGCGAGAUCCAGCCUGCUGUUCGUUAUGCUGCUAUCGGAAUAGGUUCGCUGCACUGGGGCGCCAUGACGAAAACAAAUCGCGUAGCCCCUAAUCAGAUAGCCUCGUUCUCUCUUGGUCAAUGCAACAAGGCGAUGGAGCAUCUCCAACAAAAUCUCAACGCAGAGAUUCCACGACGUCCACGCAUGGAAACAGUCUUAAUUUCCUGUGGUAUUCUAUUAGCAUUCUCCUUCGGCCAAGGUGACGCGAGGGCAGGUGGCUAUCAUCUCCGCGCGGGCUAUGAACUUCUACAACAAUGGCAAAGGGUUGGAAUGGACAAUAGCCCCGUUGGCACAGUUAUUCUUGGAAGCUUCUACCAAUUACAUUUGGAUUGGCCCUCUCUUGUGGAGUCCGGUAUUGCUCCAAAGACCUAUUCUUAUCCUGUCCAGCUUACAGCAGAGUAUCAAUCGGAAGCGCUGAUUGAAACACCGGAAGAAGCAUGUGGCGCAUUACUCAUCCUUGGAUGGUUGGCUUUGCAGAUGAAACCUCAUCGAGUCACUGGGUCAUUUGAGAGCACCCCUUCGGCAGUCUUGAUAAGGCUUCGACAAUGGAAAGGCUUGAUUCUCAUGGGAAGCGACCAUUCAUCACAAGAAAAGCAAGACACGAUUGCGAUUCUUGACGUUUGGUGUGGGGUUCUUCUCAUCAAAAGUCUGGCCGAUGACCGGCUUGAGGAAGGAGAAAUGCGAUACGACGAUUAUUCAUCUCAUUUCCAACGUACGAUUGAACAAGCGAAAGGGCUCUUGGCCCGGGAAUCAUUGCAGAACUCUUGGGUGAGAUCGGGAGUCGUGGCACCUCUUUUUUUCUGUGCGUUCAAAUGCCGCGAUUGGACAAUCAGGAGAGAGGCCUUGCAGCUAAUGAGCGAAUGGAGUGGUGAGCAAGGAGUUUGGUCAAUAUCAAAGUCCUAUCUGGUGCUAGGUCGCUUGAUCAGGAUAGAGUCUGAAGGAUAUGAAAGUUGGGAAAGAAUCCCGGAAACUGCCAGAAUUGACGCUGUCCGUGUUGAAUUUCUACCGGGCGAGACAAAGGUGCAAUUCUGGUAUCGUCGCCCAGUUCGUUUGGAUCAAGAGGACCAUCCAUGUCAUACUUGGGCAUGGGAUUAUGAAAUUGUUUCUUAUUGA